UAAUUAUAUAAGUAUCAUCCAGUAUAAGUAAGAUCUUCCUAAAGUUUGUGGCUCGCGUAAUUAAUUUUAUUAUUUUAAAAAGUAUUACAAGUAUGGGAAGAAUUGUAAAUUAAUUAAAUAUAUAAUAGUGAUCAAAUCACUAACCUCUGCAUGUUGUUUCAGGAAGAGAUGGACUAGUGAAGUGGACUGACGGCCAUACUCAGGGCACCACAAACCCUGUUUGAUGUGUGUGGGGGAUGGUGCGUGGCGCCUCACACGCGGACUGCAGGCCACGCACGACUGCUGCUCUCCUCUCAGCCACUCUGGUCACGCUGUUCCUCACCCUACACAUUACACUGUACGACACAGCAGUGUACGAACUACAAGUGGCCUCAGGCAGUCCCCCACUCAGCUUCAAUCAAGCCGUCACCUACCCCACUCAUGUCCACUUCCCACGCACCAGCCGUCGCCUCCCUCAGGCAAUUAUCAUCGGCGUGCGGAAAUGCGGGACACGCGCUCUGCUGGAAAUGUUGUUCCUACACCCCCGGGUGCAGAAGGCUGCCGGUGAGGUGCACUUCUUCGACCGCGACGACAACUACAGCCGCGGCCUGGAGUGGUACCGGCACAAGAUGCCGCACUCCUUCAAGGACCAGGUUACCAUCGAGAAGAGUCCCUCUUACUUCGUCACGCCUGAAGUGCCAGAACGUAUCCGUGCGAUGAAUGCGAGUGUGAAGCUGCUCCUGAUCGUGCGCGAGCCAGUUACCAGAGCGAUCUCGGACUUUACGCAGUUGCGCAGUCAUGUGGCCACGCCCUCCAGCACUACGCAGGCGCAGAGGACCUUCGAGCAGUUGGCACUUCGAGCGGACGGCAGCGUCAACGAGGCGUACAAACCGCUGGCUGUGUCACUCUAUCACACCUUCACACACCGGUGGCUCGAGGUGUUCCCUCGACAUCAACUGCUGGUAGUGAAUGGUGAUCACCUGAUAGAGGACCCGGUCUCGCAGCUGCAGAGGAUAGAGCGUUUCCUGGGCCUGGAGCCACGCAUCACUCGUCACAACUUCUACUUCAAUCACACCAAGGGGUUCUUCUGUCUGAGGAACGAGACAGCGGACAAGUGUCUGCGAGAGAGCAAGGGUCGCAAGCAUCCCAGGGUCGACCCCACGGUCGUAUCAAAGCUCAGGCGGUUCUUCAGCGAACACAACCAGAAGUUCUACGAACUGGUGGGCGAGGACUUAGGCUGGCCCGAAGAAUAAUGCCGGUGGAGCUAUAGUCCUUUCAGAGCCUUCCCAGUUGCUCAGGAUGUCUUCGCGAACAAAAUACCACAGAGCUACCUCUUCAAUACAGACUGCUCAAUAGUACAUAUCACUGAAUAUUUGCGUCACUUAAGAUUCACCAAUUGAAAUCCUCUGUUUAGUUACUUUUAUCACUAAAUAGUCAAGAUAUUGUCUUUCUUAAAGACCUUUGUUGAGACAGAAAAUUGUUGAAUGGAGAUUAUUGGUCUGACUAAACAUUCCGGUCUCAUGCAUGUCAUAAUUGGCUGAAGUAUAGCCAAAUAUAAUCAGUUUAAAUCAUUAGUAUAUGAAUUUCAUCUUAAAAGUAAAAUAUACUUCUUAUAGCACUUAUAUAUAUCGAAGCUAUUUGAACCAUUGUUGUAUUUUUAAUAGUUGUUUUAAUAAUUCAUCCACUCAGAACUUAAAAACCAAAUACAGUAAGAGGUUUUGCCCAUAGCUCAAUUGAGUGGGUGUAGGCUACGUUUGACAUACUUUGCACUGAUGAUAUCUCCAUUUAACGCUAACGAAGGAUAUCGAUAGCUCUUGGGAAGGCUCUGAAAACACAACAAGCACAAAACAAGAAUAACUUUUUGUAAGGAACUUAAUACAUAUCACUAAAACAUAUCAUUGAAUGUAAAUUAGACCGGCCAUUUUGUACAGUUGGAGCCAGUCAGAAGGAUUACUUGCCUGUAGGGUUUGCUCGCUUUCGCUAGAGGCAAAUCAAAGUAGUAUGCGAGAACUUAGUAAAGAAGUGCAGUAAAACUAAUAAGAUAAGAGUAACAUAGUUCUAAGAACCAAACACAUAUCUGACAGCAACACAACGAAGUGUAUAUUUUCAUAUUGCAGUUUUAAUAACGUAGAUUAAAGGGUAAAGGUCGUUCUUAGAACCAUCUCUUUUUAGAAAUCUAUUCUGAUAGGUUAGAAAGCAGUGCUUUAUUUUUUCAACGUUAAAAGACGCCCAAAUAUGAAUAAUACAAUCUACUUUUUAUUGCUAAUCUUUGAGACAUUUUUUAAUAAAUUCUUGCUUUUUAUGAACUAAAAGGUUUUUACCUGAGUUCUCCAGAAAGAAUAAAGUCAAAUUUAUAUGAUUAAAAUAAUAAGAAAUAUAAAAUAAGUAAGAAUGUACUUCAAUACUGCUUAUCAUCCAAUUAAAAUUGUCAUUUAACUGUCUAAAAAACUUAAAAACAUGUUACAUGACUUAUGUUAUGUUCUAGUCAUUUAUAUGCAAACGUAUAUGAAUAGUUUAUUUUAUCAUUAACGCUAGGUAGUUAUAUAAAAUGAUUUCCUUCUAUUUUUACCAAUAUUUUGAUCAAAGCGUGAGGGAAUAUUAGAAUUUAUAGUACAUUCUUCAUGAAAUGGAGAGUUAUGUAAUAGAGUAGUUAAGUUCUAGAGAGAAUACUUACACGAGAAUACAAUUGAAAAUAUAAAUUCGGACAUAUUGUACUGAGUAUUAAGAAUCAGGAAUUUAUCUAGUUACAAGAAAAUUGUAAAAAAUGAGUAAAAAUUGCGUGAUAUUUUAUUCAGUAAUAUAUAACAAGUACAAUGGUAAUAACAAUCAUCAUUUUCUUCAAAAUAACACACUUUGACGUAAUCAACAUACUGAUAUUGUUCAAGAGAUAGCGUUCAUCAUUUCUACUCUUGUGCCCAGGAUACUUUCAUUUGUGAUAAGAAACAUAUCAUUAUAUUAUAAGUAGGGGUUCGAUCGUGUACAUACUAUACUAGCAAUAUACUAUAUUUUUAAGAACUCUACAUUCAAUUUCUUGGUGUUAUUUGUAUAUAAGUAAGUAUGGUCUUGAUGUUGUGAAAACUGAUAUUGCAAAGAGCAAUAACAAACGUGUCAGAAUCUCUUCACUGCUGUUGUUCGUGAAUUGUUAAUUUUGAGCCCCGCUUAUAUAUUACGUGGACUUUUGGGGAGGUGGUGGUUUGGAAUUGCGGACAAGAUAUUAGAAUGAAUAUAAUGCAAAAUAUACAUUAUGGGCAUAAUGAGUAAUAUUGCUAUGAUGUGGAUACACAAUAUUAUAAACAUUUCCAAUUUUUAAGUGUGUCUUCUAAAAUUCAGAGGUUUUCCAAAACACUUCUUUGUGAGUAAAACAUUGUAUGUAUCAAUUAGCAAUAGCUGGAUUUUACACAAUUGGAACCAACGAUGAUUGGAGAGAUGUAUGGAUACGAAAAUGGAAAUAGGAAGGACUUAAUUGCCUAUAAUAUUGAAAUCAUAUAUUUUAAUAGACUCCGCAUAGCUCAUGUUUUUCUAGGUCGAAUUUCGAAAGUGUAUCUCUAUACUAACUCUGAAGUAAAAAUGAUCAAACGAUACAUCCAUGAAACCAGUGUUGAAAAUUAUGCAAGAUAAAAAUAUACUAAAUUACUUUGUUUCUUUAAUUAAUAAAAUACACCCAACGGAACAUUUUGAUUUUAGGAUUAUAUAAAUCAUAAACAAGCAAAUGAUAACUGGACCAAAAUAUGUGUCUGCUGGUUGGUUACAAAUCUAGAGAUGAAAUUAAAAUAUUUAAUUAUAAUCUUCUCGUGUUAUACUGAAGAAAAGCUAAAUUUAUCAGCCAAUAAUUACGAAAUGAAUAUUGCAAUGCCGAUGACAAAUAAGUAUAUUAAUAACGAAUUGAUAAGUACAUUGGUCAGAAAAGUGGGAAGGUGUCUCUUUUUGUUCUUCUUCAUCUAAAAUUUGCUUGAACAUGGAAUUUUGCUAAUUCUUUACUUAGUUUUCCAUAAACAUUAUGUAAUUAAUAAUUAUUCAUUUUAUUGUGUUAUGCAACUGAAGAAUUUCAGUUUAAAAUUCGAGUAACAUUCAUAGUUAUUUAAAUACGUUACCUACGUAAAUUCGUUGAUUCGAGACCAUAUAAAUGAUUUAACCUCAAAAUUUAGGUAGAAUAUGCCCAACUUAAAUUUAAAACCUGACUGAAUCUCUGUCAAAUCGGGUUGAUUUUAAUUCACCAAGUCCUCAAGUCAAUUGCUAAAACCAUUAUUGAUUGUAUCAGUUAAACUGGAGAUAAAUCACCAUAUGGGCCUGUUGUGCUGUGGUCUGCGGGAUUGUUUGUUAGUUCCCAGUUUCGACGCUAGGGCAGCGCUACGUAACCGCUACUUGACCUCUCACUCCACAGAUGGCGCUGAGUGCUCACUUUUGCCGUGCCUCAAUUUACAGCUCUUGAUGAGAUAUCUCUUGUGUAACUAACAAAACGAAAGUAAACACAUUAAAGCACAGCCUUGAAGAGUUCUGUCACGUUGAACUUCUGAAGCUGGCUCCAACACCCCUAGAUCACGUUGGUCUGUGCCUUAUUGUAGUGGUCUUAGUUGUAAAGUCUACUCCACAUUGGAAGUUGUUGAGUUUCAUUGUUAACAUUAACCCUAUUAGGUGUGAGUGUGCUUCUUCUGGAAUAGUGCUUUCACUAUGUCGAUGACUCUUUCACUCGUUUACUUUUAAACCUUAGGUUGGACAUUUUGGCACCAGGCAAUUUUUAAGCUACUUAAAAUAAAGAAGAAAAUUGCGGCAGUUCUGCCUGAAUUGUUUAUGUCAAUCUUAGAAAUUACUUCAUAAUUGUUCUGAAUUUUGUAGUUGAAUCCAUGUGAGGAUCGAUGGAAAUUAAGGUGCUUAAAGAAUUAUUUGAUUACCCAAAUACGGAUAUCCAGAAUUUUGGAAUUUUUAAAAUAAUGGUUUGGAAGCCAAGAAUUUGAAUUGCACACAAACUGGUUUUUUAAACCGAUAGAGAAGUUUCUCAUAAGAUAGAAAGCUUUUUCGGAGAUAAAGGGUUAAAAAUUGAAAUAAUACUUCUUUCUCAGAUAAUACAUUUCAUAACUUUACACGUCUAAAUCAGAUCGUCUAACGUGUAAAUAAACUUUAAAUUAUCGUAUGCGACCAUUUAUAAACCCUCAAAGUGGUCACUUUAAAUACUUUAUCAAGUUCUCUGACAAUGAUACAAGUAUUAUUUAUUUAUCAUAUCUUCGGUUAUAAGUUUGAAUAAAUACAAGCAGAGAUAUUAUCUUUUCAUAUAUUUAAUCCUUUUUAUACCCUUCCUUUCGGACCACAAGAAAAGUAGUGAGGCCAACGAUCAAUUUUAUUAUUCGGAACAUUUCUAUAUCGGUUUAAAACCAUCCGGUUGUGUGCUUAAAUACUGCUAAUUGGCUCUCGACUGCCAAACUAUUAUUUUAAAAAUAUCUAAAUAUUUAAAAAUCGUCUUAAUGUUUUUUAACUAUCAAUACACUUGAACCUUUUUUACAUUUUUUAUUACUACAUACAAGACUUUUUAUCAACAUCUACUUCUAUUAAAACUACUGUAAGUUACUUUAUACUACAAUAGGAAUUUAAUAAUUAAAGAAUCAGUUAUUAUAUUAAUGUGAUAAAGGCAAAGUUCAUGAUUGUAUUGUUAUAUGAAUUUUAAUAAUUAUAAUUGUAUGAAUAAGUAACAAAGUAUAAUUUGCCUGAAUAGGUUAAAGGACUGAUGAUGUAUUUUUAACUCAGCUAAGGAAGUACUGGUUUGAAAUUAAAACAAGCAUUUAUUGAUAUUUUCAACAUGGAAAUUAUUAAACUAAUCUAAGAAUAAAAUAUUACUUUAUUAUAUAAAAUAAUUUACAGCUGUCCACUAAUUUAAUUACCAACUUAAGUUGCUGGAUAAUUGUUUUCUCAUCAGUAAAUAGCUUUAAGUUGUUGGAAUGUGUUAAGUGUUUUAUUUAAGUGAACCGGAUGACUGAAUGAAACAUAUCAUAUUACUAACAGGUUACAUGGUUCUAAAGUUUAUUAUACAGAAAGAAAUAUAUAUUAGACAAUGUAUGUAGUGUUUCGUAAACGGCGCAAUCAAUCUACCACUUAGAGCAUCGAUUUGUCAAUAAGAACUAUCGAUUGCUACUGUAAACUAUCGAUUUACGUGAAUCGAUUUUCUAUUACAAGAUUAUCAUUGUUACCAAAUAAAUACAUAUGGUUUUGAAAUAUUGUAUUUAUUUACAUUUAAAUUUCUUUAAAAAACAGCUUGCUCCAUUUGCAAAUAUUUGUUUAAUUAUUGCUAUUUACAUGAUGAUCUAAUAUUAAAGGUAUCAUCUGUAGCUUAACAACACGUACAAAUCAAUCGAUAAUUAAAGUCCAGGUCAAAAGGACCAUAAGAAUAUAAUGCUACAUAUAGGAAAAUAAAAAUCACUUGUGUAGAGGAAUAUUUAGUUAGAAUCAUUAAUUGUUUGCAAUAUAUUUUAUAGAGUAUGCUCCUUAAUAUUUAUUUACUACAUAAAAAGAAACUAUUUGGUUGAUAUUGUCCCCACAAAGUUAUCAUUGAUUUGAUGUAGUAUUAAAACUUUACACCCUGGUUAUCGAUUGUUAUUGUAUCGAUUGUUGUAACCGAUUGUUAUAUCGAGAACAACAAUUAUUCCGGAAACAGAUUGAUUAGAGCGUUUACGAAACUCUCCGACAGUGUUGUUCGGGUACCUGAUGGUUAUGGUGGGCAUGGACAGGUGCUACUUCGAUCACUUGAGUGAUUCAAGUAGCACUGGUUAGAAUAAUUCAUGGCUUUGAGCUUUCGAUGAGAUGAGAAUUAUUUUCAGUGAAAGCGUUUAGAACUACGAUUAACUUAACGAUUUACUAAACUAGUAUAUUUUUAUAUCUAAAUACUUUAGAUCUGAAUGAACAUCCACGUAUUAAAUUCCCCAUUCCUAUAUCUUGCUACAGUAUGUGAUACGGAGUUUUUCAUUAGAUAUUUCAUCAAGGCCAUGAAUUCUUCAUGCCCACAUUAGAUACAGUCUAUUCACUACUACUUCUAUACCUCGGCCAAGUUACCAUUGCUAAGUUCAUCUUGUUAUUUUACCGGUAUGUGGUUCAUGAGUGACAAAGCGUUAAUUUUAAAUGUAGUUAUUGUGUACUAAAUAAGUAUUUGCUGUGUUAUUGUUCAUCCUUCAGUGCAAGUGGAACUAAAUAAAUCAUUUUGUUUGGAGUUGUUUUUCUUGUUUUCAGUAUUGCUGGUUGAGAGUUGUCGAUAUGAUAAACCGGAACGAGUUGUUCAAUCAUAUUAGUAUAUUUUAUUCAGACUUUUAACUUUUGAGACGAUAUUUUUUAAUACAAAAAUAUAUACAAUUGACUGUUUCAUUAGGGGUGUUUGGUACAUGUAUUGAAAUACCUUUUUUAUACAAAUAUGAAAAACUAGGCCAUCUAGUUACUAAACUAUAGUGCGAAAUAUGUGUACUAUAUACAUGAUUACUAGGUCCUUCCUAGUUCUAAAAAUGAGUUCUAAUAAUUGAAACGUUCAUAUAAUUGUUCUCUUUCUGGGCCUGAGCAAUCGUGCUUAGAAAAUGUAAGUAAUUCUUAUAAAAUCAUACAUUCAUAAUAUUUAUAUUUUAAAAUUCUACAUCAUGUUCUUGAUCAUCGUCGCCUAAUUAAAUAAUUUAAAAUGAAAUAUUUGUUUUAUGUGAAAUAUCUUAAUGAUGCAUUUUUAACACUGAUCCAAAUAAAACAUGAACGUGCUGAAUACCACAGGCUGUUGCUGACGAAGCGGCCUCAGCAUUGGUGCGAGUUGAAGAGUGAAGAGGCCGUGUUCACGCCUCGUCGAUUACAGCCAUUCCAAACCUAUUUGAAAUGUUGCACUGACCUUCCUGGAAAUCGAUCCCUGAACUCUCAUUAAAGAACAUAGCUUUACACACACGGCUUUGGAGAGGCAGUUUGCUCAUAGAUCUAGGGCUUCUGAGUUAAGAGAUAAUACAGGUUCAAAUCCUGUCAGCAGUAAUUUUCAUCUAUACCGUCGUCUUGUAUUGUACCAACUCUCCUCCUUAUUCUUUUUGAUAAGAUCCUCGCACGGGCCAGUAGCCCAUGAGGACGGAGGAAGAAUAAGUCUUAAAAGGAAAUCCUGUUUAUCUAUGAAAAACCUUAGGGAGCCGUUAAACUGAAAGUGUUUAGUGAGGUCAUAGGUUUUAAAAAUUGUCUCAUUGAUAGACUUGUUCACAUUUCUUAAAUGAUGUAAUAUUUGUAAAUAAAUUAUUUCCUGCCAAACGGCGCAGUCAUAUCGUGACUUUUGAGAUCUGGACGUAAUUUCCUUUACUUAAUUGAAACACUCUUAUAUUGGAUAUAAGUAAACAUUAAAUCGGUGAAAUAUCUAAAGAGAAAGUUCUUACUUUAUUCUGUAUUAUUUAUUUGCCGUUUACGCUCAGAAAGUUCUAGGUUAGAAAAUAUACUUUUUGUCCAAACACCUUUAAUACAACCUUAUAUUUUCAUAAAAGAAUAAACUAGACAAACUCUAUAGAAUGGUCUCUUUUGUCGCAAUCAACGGAACUAUCUGUAUGACACUUUAUUACUAAAAUAUAUCUAGUUGGGCUUUUCAAUGUGAAAAUAAUAUUUGGGAAAAGUGUAAUUAUAGACAAAAUAUAAACAACAAUUAAUUAAGUAAUAGAUUUUACUUGUAACGAGUUUAGGGAUCUUUGUUGCAAAGUCAUUGCCAGUAUCAAAUUAAAAUCGUUUAAAUUUUGACGAGCUUAUAAUUAUUCGGUGACACAUUUAUGUACAUUGUAGAAAAUUUAAAAUUAUCAGAAAGAACCGUGCAAUUGUUAGUGACUGUAAUGAUUAAUUAAUUAAGUAAAUAACAUUUCUUUAAGAUUAUGGUCACCAUUAAGUCAAUUAAAGCUAAAUCAAGAAAGCUUGUACAAUUUUAGUUAUUAUUUAAAAAGCACAUACGGUUGCCGGUCUCAUACCGUCUGGACUUCUGUCACAAUGGACUUCUCUACUUGAAUACUACUAUCUAUAUACUCAAGGUGGUUAGGGUUAGUAGACAAUAGAUACUGGGUAUGAGGUGAGUGAAGAAACUAUAUUUGCUGAGAGAGGGAAUCUCCCUCCAUAACUCUUUGCCAAAAAGCAAGCAUUACAUAAAACAUUACUUUAACAAAAUCACGAUGUAGCCCGUUAUGUUAUCUUGUACAUUCAGUAAAUAUAUGUUAUAAUGAUUUUUCAUUCCAUUUGCUUUAAACCGUCAUUUGUAUUUUUACUGUUAAAUUACAGUUUGAGGUUCAAGGAGCAAUGUUUUUAGAAAAGCCAAUACAGACUGUACUUGCGCAGGAACUGGAAUACGGCUGAAUAGUCCCCACCACGCAUCUUACUUGUGCGCUUCUCUAUUUUAGUUUCUUCACUCACCUCGCAGUCAGCGCAUUGGAUUCUUAUUGUUUGCCGUUGUUUAGUGUAGUUUUAUAAGAUGUUUUAUAAGUAUACGUUAAUUGUUUUACUACUAAGUGAAAACCAAACUGCUGACACCACACCGUUGUUAUGGUUUAUUUUCAUUGUAAUUUAAACGCUAAUUAGUGUAAGCGUGUUAGUGCGAAUGGUGAAAAUGAGAGUUGGUGUGUUUUUCUAGUCUAAAUGUGUUACGGAUGUGUGCGUGGGUUUGGUGCAAAUAAGACUCCUUAGUUAUAAGUAGUUGUAAGACUUGUUGUUCUGUACCUUUCCGCUUAUGUCUUUUGAUGCUCUUAUAGAAAUGUUUGUAUAGUUAUGUCUAGAAUGUUCUGAAACGGUACAUAUCAUUAGUAUUAAAUUCCUGUUAUACCUAUAUCCCUACCCCCCCCCCCUUACCACCAACCAUGUGUACACUCUGUCUCAAGCCUGACUGGGUUGAAUACUUAUUUCAAUUUCUCAAAAUUUAUUUUAUGAAUAACUUUUCGAUUGUACAAACAAUUAGUACAUUCGAAUUCAACAUGUGGAUAGUGCAUUAAUACUAAGUGAUUAUUACAUAUCAAGAUAUGGGUAAUGUACCUAUUUUAAUGUUUGGCCCAGUGCAGAAAUUUAUUGAACAAAGUAUCAGAAUAUAAAAACCUCUUUAAUAUUAAAAAAAAUUUGUUCAAUUAUUUUCACGGACUGGUAAGUAUUUUUGAAAAUGUAUCCUAUUUAAAAGUCGACCGUUCAAACAAUUUUAAAUUCUAACGUAAUUUCUAAUCCAAAUAUAGUGUAACAUUUCAUUUUUAAUGCUAAAAAUAAAACUGUCUUAGAUGAAAAAUAUGCAUAUUGUAGUUAGUAGCUGGUUUUUUCAGAUGUAAAAAGUAUAAAAGUGUAUUUUUCCAAUAUUCAUCAGUAAUUUUACAUCGCAAGUUUUCUACGCAAAAUGGAAUUUUUAAAUAUUUAAGCUUAUCAUUUCUUUGGUUCUGAUAAAGUGACACGUCAUGUGGGCCACUGUAGCGUUAUGUUAAAUUCAGUGAAAACUACUAUUAUAUAAUGUUAUAAAAACCAAAAAUAGAAAAAAGAAGGACGAAAUAGCACAUAUGGAGUCUUCUCUUCAUGAUUCUAAACAGUUAUACCUACACCGUAAAUAAUCAAUAUCAUUAUACGUUAGAAACCUAUCUCCUACUUUAAAGUGAAUAAUGUAACAGAUUACGUUGUUAUUUAAUCUCAUGAGGGUUCUAAAUAAGCAAUAAUCAAUCACAUCUAAAGAAAUUUUCUAUUAAAACUUUUACAUGGGUAAGUGCAUAACAAUGCUAAGCAACAAAAAUGUUAUGAGUACGUUAACAAAAAUAUACGACUAAUGCAAAAUAUUGUGUUGGGAGUGCCGAGGGACGAGCGGUCUAAGACGUUGGACUUUGUGUCUGAGUUAGAAAUAGCACAGGUUCAAAUCCUGUCUGUGACCAUUGCACUUUUUAUCAGUACUUUAUACUGUACCGAAUCCCCCUCCCCCUUAUUCAGUUUUAUAAGAUCCUCACACAGACCAGUGGCCUAUGGAGGACGGGUAUAAUAAGGCCGAAAAGGAGGGGAAAAAAUAAAAUAAAUAAAUAAAAAUAUUAAAAUCAAACUAUUUUUAAACAAAAAACUCUUUUUAUAAUUUUAUUUAAACAUACAUUAUUCAGUAAGUUUCUAGGUUAUUAUUCCUUAACACAUUGCGUAACUUUGUAAUUUGAAAAAAUCCUAACCCCCAAAUAUUUUUACAGACACUUCAAAAACAACCUGACGUACCUGACUCCCCCCCCAUUCAACUUCCACCCAUCCACCCCCACCUUCCCCCUCCCACCACGUACAGUACUUCUCUAGAUUGUAACAAGGCCUAAUAAUGUUUGCUCUAUAUUUCUCUCUCUAUCUCUCUCUCCGUCUCUGUAAAUCGAUCCUCAAUAAACGCCUGUCGACUCAG